AAUUGGGAAAUAUAGAUGUACACCUUGAGCUUUGGAAAGCAUAUAAGUGCACCAGUGUGAAACGAUUCAAUUGGAUGAAAGACUUGAAAGAGUAAAUUCAUGGGCCCAGGGAUCUCGAUUCUCAACGUCUUUGCCCUGCGUUAAACUGCAUAAAAAGAACGCCAAAAAAGCUAGAGGGUCCACUUUCAAGAUGAAACCGUGGUACCUUAACGUCAUUUGAACAUGAAGGAAAUGUCAAAGUAGAUCCAUAGAAGCUAGCCAGCUGGUGAUCUUAUAGAAACAAACAAAACGCAAACCUCGUGCUGUAUUUGAUCGUGUAUAUUUUGAACAUCCCAGAAAAGAACGGAUGUUCCCUCAUGAGAAGUUCGACUAUGAAUUCAGCUAUCAUGUUAAUUUCACAACCUAGAAAGCAGCUACAUGGCUAAUUGAGUCCAUUGCUUUGAAGUUUAUUUGGCUCAGGUACAACAUGCGCAGCACAAAGACAAGCAAGUGUCAACGGAAAAACUCAAACGGCGACCAGAUCUUGAAUCUCCGUUGGCAGAAACCUAAAAUUUUAUCGUGUCGAAGUUUUUCCGGCGCGCAUCUUGAAAUUCCUUUUGCGUUGUGCAGAAGAUCUUUAACCGUUACAGAUCUCGUGCUAAAAGGUAAACAUUCCUCGAGAAAAGUAAACAAACACACCAGCAUGUUUUAGUGGUUGGUAGCUUCGACAAAUGCUCAAAGAUUUGUCGAAAAUGCUCCAAAUUUUUAAUAUAAAAAGGUGUCUAUUCUCUCUCUUUUUUCAUUUAUUUUCAACUAUUUUUUUUCAUCAUCAAACCAAGCAGAACAACCAUGGUCCAACUCCAAGUCACUCUUUUAUUAACUGUUCUAAC